AUGGGAAUUCACGAUCAUUCUCAUACUUUGAUUAUGCAUUAUGUUACUUCUUCAACUUUCUCUAUUCUCUUAAAUGAAGCUCCAUAUGGGAACUUUCAAAGUGGUAGGGGUUUACGUCAAGGAUGUCCUAUGUCCCCUGCUUUGUUCAUUAUUUGUUCACAAGGUUUAUCUCUCUUAAUGGAAAAGGAAAAUGUGCAUCAACUUAAAUGUAUUUUAGAUACAUACUCAUCUUUCUCUGGACAAGCUAUUAACUUUUUGAAGUCUUCGAUUCACUUUAACAGAGGUUGUAUUGCUUAUUACAGAGGGAAAACUAUCCAAACCUUAGGGGUCAAGGAAAUGCAAAAAGACGAGAAGUACUUGGGAACAUAUCCAUUGAUAUCAGAUAGAAAUAUUGAUACUUUUGAGCCUUUGAAUUCGAAUUUUAAUACAAAACUUGUAGGUUGGGGAAGUUUCUUUGUAAAUCAAGUUGGUAGAACGGUUUUAUCAAAAAGUGUUCUUUCAACAAUUCCAGUUUAUUCAAUGAGUAGCCGCAUUCUUCCCUAA